AUGCAGGAAGAGGGCGAAAGCGAGGAGACAGUCUUGGAGCUGCUGCAAAAAAGAGGAAAGGCAUGGGACCUGGGCCAUCCGGAUGCUGAGGCUUUGGACGUUGCAACGGCGGACGCUGCCGUUGGGGCUUCUUCCAAACAUGCCCUGGGUGCCUUCCUUGAGGGUGAAGGCCAAGACGAGGACACUGAAGAGACUGCCAGCGAGCAUGUAGCCGCCCCCAAGGUGCCUGAGGGCCCAGAGAGCACGAAUGCGACGCCGGCGUUGCCGCGCACUGCCUCAGGCAAGCCUGUUAAGGACCAGGCCGACCCAAUUAUCCAGGCUUUCUAUCAAAUGCGUCUCAUGGCGACCAUGCAGAAAAUGAAGCCGUUUUGGACUUGUGACCAAAAGUGCGCCGAUAAACAGCGCCCAAUCAUGUGGUUCACCCCUAUUCAUCCAUCACUUUCCCAAGAGCUUCUUACAAAGAAUGGCGGCUGGGGAUUACUUGCCGAUACAUGGACAUGGUGGAAGAAUGUGCCAGCUGGCGCCGGGAACCUUGAAUGGAUGGAUGUUUGGAGCUGCGGAGCCCAAGGCUUGAAGAAUCCAAAGUUCAGCAGCUUCAAAGAGUUCAAUAGACGGCUGCGGGCUACUUUGGAUGAUGCAUUCAGGAAGCGAUUAGCCUGCGCCCAAGACGCAGCGUUGUGCCCGAACUUCACGAGAUUCGAGCAGACAGAUGUACCCGAGAAAGAGAAGAUGUGCCAUCUGGAUGGAGACUUGAGGCCCGUUUGGACUGAAGGACCAAGAAUGACACAGGACCAGACGUGGAGGCAACAUGCAGAGCUGCGUGCCGUCGUUGGAGAGCUCAAGACAGCCAGGCCUGGAGAUCUGAAAGCAGACCACAGGAACAACGGAACUGAGAGAAAUCUCUGGCUUCCGGAGAACGAGAAACCAUGGGCAGGUCGUUCUCGGUGGCCUGAUGAUGCGUUCGUUGCCGGAGUCUUUAGUCUUGAUCCCUUGCCUGCUGGUGAUACGCCAACUCAAGAGAUGAUCGAGAAAAUAACGAAAAACCCCAAGGAGCUCCAACAAACGUGCUGCGCGAUCUUGAUGUCUGCCAAUCAUGAUACCUUCUGCAAGUACAGAGAUCGGGAAGCAAGAUUCCCCAUGUACAUGUACUGGAGGGUACGUGACAUGCCAAAGGCUAACGAUCUAGCCGGCCUUGAUGAGUGGUCGUUCCUUAAGAUCGUCGACGGCGUUGACCUGAAGUGCACCUCCAAGUCCUGCAAGGCCGAGGUCCCGGAAAAGUGGUUGACAUGGGCUCAAGAAGAGUUGCUGCAAUGCGAUGAGCGAGAUCGUGCCCCCA